AUGCAGCCUGAGAAUAGCCACGUUGCUGCUGCCCAUCAUGCUGGUGGGUCGCUUGCGCUGGAUGAAGCAGAGUCGAACGGUCUAACAGAGGAACAACUGCUCGAGGUGUUUCGGCGAACGUCCUUCCUGGCCAAGCGCCACAAACGCCCGCAAACAACAAGCAAACGAGCAUCUCGCAAAUGGCAUGACGAUCGAGAUUCGGACGAGAUGGAGGAAGACAUGCUGGAUCAGCUCGGCCGACUCGUGCAUCAAACGGACACUCAGCCCGGCCAGUCCUUUCCUGCCAAUGAUCUUGGAGAAUCUACCUCGCCGAGCGUCUCUGACGAAACACCCGGCCGCGAAUCGGACAGCAGUAACGACGAUGCUGAGACUCCACGGAGACGUGUGAAGUGGGGAUCCGGGUCCUCUCCCUCCCCGCAAGCAGUUGGUCAGAAACGAAAUCUGAAAAUGAUCAAGCACGGAUCUGUUGACCAGCAGGCGAGGGCCUCUGGCUCAGCAACACAUUUGGCUCCCUUGCAUACCGCCACAAAUCUUAGCACCGCGUCUGCCGUGCCCGUCGUCCGGACGCCCAAAAUUGAAAAGCACACCGCGACCGCCGGGCCGAAAAAGAUUGAUCGCCGGACACUGUUGGACAAGUACAAGGACUACCAAGACACGUCUGGAAACAGAAUGUCCUUGAAGCGCAAAUCCAAAUCCACAGAUCCCACUCUACCUGUGUACAUGCGUCUUACUCCUGGUCCAUUACCACCAUGGGUAUUAGAGAUUGGUACUUUUCGAGAACAGGCACCUGGAGCACGCUGGCUUGUUGCAGACAUUCUGCGGUCGAAUCUCGCAGAGCUGACUGGUCAGACGUUCGAGGGCAUUUUGAUUGAUGCGCCUUUGGCGAGAUCGGGCGAACCUGCGACUCCCGGAAUGGUUACAGUCGAUGAAUUGAAAGCUGCGGGUAUCUCCCCAGCACUCAUCCCAAGAGGAUUCAUCUUCAUGUGGGCCGAGAAGGAAUGGAUUCCUGAUCUUUUAGAGGUCGCACAAGCGUGGGGCUUUCACUAUGUCGAAAACAUUUGCUGGGUUCGCCACAACAUUAACAACAAGGUUUCUCGCGAAGACAGCCGCUUUUUCCGCAAGUCCAAGCUGUUGCUGCUCAUCUUUCGCAAUUUUGAUAUCGGAGCUAAACAAGUUGCCAUUCCAGAAGAGAAGCCGCAACCCAUCUAUUCAACAAUUGAGACACUCCUUCCGAAUGCAAACGCAACUGCGCUGCCUGACGGGAGCAUUGGGCCUGGUAAAUUGUUGGAGCUAUCGUGGCGAGCACAACCCUUUUUGCGGCGUGGCUGGACGACAAUCUCGCACAGCCAGUCGCUUGCGAUCACCGGACCGUUCCAUUACUCUGCCAAUCAAGCCUCCCACGCUCUCUACCGCAAUCCAAAUCACAUGGAGGCUGUCCACCGAGGGCUUUUCUCUCAGCAUGUCGAGUCCGCGGUCCCAACCACCCUCACCGGCCCUCCAAGCAGCAGCGAUCCUUCCAAAGUCGAGCAGCCUUGA